CCGCCUGUCCAUCACUGCCUGAGUCAAAGCACUUCAGCUUCCUUGCAUUGCCGUCCUCUCCACCACCCUCCUCCGUGUACUCUGCGAGGGGGCGGACGGAAGCGAGCAGAGCCCGCCUCCUCCCCUCCUGUUGGGCUGUAUAAGGACUACAGGCUGGCGGGGGGAGAGGGGGGGGCUGCAUCGCCGAGUGUGACAGCUUUGCAGCGGCUGAGCGCAGCUUGACUCGCCGGCUGCUCAGCAGGGACUCUCCCUCUUAGUAUUAUAUCAGAAAUAUUAUUAUUACGGCAGGGUAAAGCAUUUAAAGCCACCGGAGGCUUUAGCAAAACCUCAGCUAAGACCCGAAAGCGCAGACGAGGCUAGACUCCACAGCAUCGCAGCGCUGUAGUUAGAUUUGGACACAUUUCUCGAGUGCGUCCUCUCCUCACUCCACCUGCCUGCGCGCGUCGGGAACAAGAAGUCCAUGGAGGGAUGUCGCGAUGCUGUGCACAAGGAGAACUAAAACUUUGGUGUCGACAUGUGUGAUCCUGAGCGGGAUGACCAACAUCGUGUGCCUCCUGUAUGUCGGCUGGAUCACCAACUAUGUGGCCAACGGCGGUCCCAAAGUUGCGGAGAGCGGCGGCGAGGCGGAGAGAAAGUUGGAGGAGGACAGUAAAGGGGAAACCCUGAAGAUUAUCGAGAGGCUGGACCGUCUGGAGAGCGUCGUCAAUGAGCACAUCAAAGAGACCCCUCAAAAGGACGGGGAAGACACCGCGUCUUCAUCAGACUCAGCAUCAGACUCUGCCUCGCUGUUCAACCACUGGGGUCACGACCUGGGCCCUGAGAGUCGAAGGGUUGCCCUCAAGAAGUUCCGUUACUAUGGCUAUAAUGGCUACCUUAGCGACCGCCUCUCCCUCACCCGACCAAUCCCAGAUUUGCGACCAGAUGGGUGCAGAAACAUGUCAUAUUCAUCAGAUCUGCCUCAGCUCAGCAUUGUCUUCAUCUUUGUCAAUGAGGCCUUGUCAGUGCUGCUUCGCUCCGUCCACACAGCCGUCCAGAGGACUCCAUCGCACCUGCUCAAAGAGAUCAUACUGGUGGAUGACCACAGUAACAGCGUGGAGCUGAAAGAGCACCUGCAGAGCUUUGUGGACGAGACCAACGCUCAGCACAGCCCAGACUUCAUCAAGGUAGUCCGUCACGACAAGCAGGAGGGGCUGAUCAGGUCCAGAGUCAGUGGAUGGAGGGCCGCCUCCGCUCCAGUCGUCGCUCUGUUCGACGCACACGUGGAGUUCAACACCGGAUGGGCAGAACCUAUCCUGCAGCGAAUAAAGGAGGACCGGACCCGGGUGGUGUCUCCCUCUUUUGACAACAUCAAGUAUGACACCUUUGAGAUUGAGGAGUACCCGCUGUCUGCUCAGGGCUUUGACUGGGAGCUGUGGUGUCGAUACCUCAACCCACCAAAGUCCUGGUGGGCACAACACAACCACACAGCCCCUAUCAGGAGCCCUGCUUUGAUUGGCUGCUUUGUGGUUGACAGGAAGUACUUUGAGGAGAUUGGCCUUCUAGAUGAAGGCAUGGAGAUUUAUGGUGGGGAAAAUGUGGAGCUCGGCAUCAGGGUGUGGCAGUGUGGUGGCAGCGUGGAGGUCCUGCCCUGUUCCAGGAUUGCGCACAUUGAGCGUGCCCACAAACCCUACACAGAGAACCUGACAGCCCACGUGCGCCGUAACGCUCUGAGGGUGGCUGAGGUCUGGAUGGACCAGUACAAGAGUCACGUCUACAUGGCCUGGAAUGUUCCACUACAGAACUCAGGAAUAGACAUCGGGGACAUUUCUGAGAGAAAAGCCCUGCGAUCCAGACUCCAAUGCCGACCAUUCAACUGGUUCCUCUCCAACAUCUACCCCGAGCUCCGCUCCUACAGCGAUACAGUUGCUUAUGGAGUGCUGAAGAACAGCCUAAGAGACAACCUGUGUUUGGACCAAGGACCUGACACUGACAAUGUUCCCAUCAUGUACCUCUGUCACGGUAUGACACCGCAGAAUGUCUACUACACGAGUUCCCAGCAGCUUCACGUGGGAGUGCUGAGUCCCACCAUUGACGAUGAUGACAACAAGUGUCUGGUGGACGUGAACAGCAGACCCAGGCUGCUGGAGUGCAGCUACGCAGCUAACAAACAUAUGAAGCUCACCUGGAUGUUCACUCAGGGUGGAUCCAUCCAGAACAUCGAUUCUCAGCGUUGUCUGGAGCUGGUGGAGAACAGACACUCACAGUUCUCUUUCCAGCUGGCCAUUCAGGACUGCACCAAUCAGAAAUGGACCAUCACUAACAUACUGACUGUGCUGCCGCAGUGAACACAUGGACUCCAGUCAGCUACUGGAACACCUUUUUAGUUGCGAUGGGCUUAUCUAGUCAGCAAGGAAGUUCAAAUGACGAACUCCCCUGCUUCAAACUGACCCAAGAUGGACUGUGUCAGAGUUCUGCUGCAGAUGUAAAGAAUUAGACUCCAGUUAGAGAUGGACUAACAUGCUGAUCUAAGCAGCAGCCAAAUAAUGAUCCUCAAUACCCAGCCUCUUUAUACUGCACAGAAAAAGAUGCGCUUCAAUCAGACACGGGCCAUCAGUAACCA